AUGUCCGAGGCGAGCCCCCGAGAGUGCGCGGCGGCCGAGGAGCCCCCCGCCCCCGCGGGGCCCCCGCCGAGGACCAGCGACUACUACUGCGUGGACGAGAACCUGCCCGUCAGGUUCAACAACCCGGCGUGGUUCCGGGGCUACGGGACCAAGGAGCCUGUCUCCAUGUACAGGACCAGUAACCAAGCUUAUGGGAGCAGGGCCCCCACCGUGCAUGAGAUGCCGAAAGUAUUUUAUCCAAAUUCAAGUAAGUUUUCCAGACAACUUGCAGCAGGUGGAAUGUUCCGGAACAACACUUUCAAUGUCUACAUGGAGAAGAGCAUCGUGACAGGUCCUGACAACUACAUCACCUCCUAUGACCGGUUUAACUUCCACCCCAGUUACAACGUCAAUAGACCAUCUAUCUGUGAUUGAGGGGCCUCGGGAUGCCAGUAGGGGUGACCUCAAGUGUGACCCCUAAUCUCUCAUCAUUUGCCCGAUUGUAAAAGUACAGACUUCACUGCUUUCUCUGGAAACAUUUUUUUUCUCUCUAGAUUAGAAAAAUAUGCAGAUGGGGCUGUAAUGUCCUAUUUGCUCUGUUUUAAGUCUAAGAUG